AACUUUUUCCCAAUAUCUCAAUUUCCCUCUUAUAUUUGAACCUAAACACAAAAACACGAACUCUACUAGCUAGACUCAUAAAACAAAGUGCACACGCCAAACAAGACUUUUGUUCGGCGAUUAUCUCUCAAAUUCUCCGCCAUUUUCAUAACCUCCAUAACUUCACGCCAAAAUUCCUCAAAAUCUGCAAAUUUGAGUUUUCUCUCUCCUCAUUUUCCGUCUCCUGUGAUGUCGCUUUCGUCUGAAACUCAUACUCCAACUGUUCAUCCUGUCACCAUACCAUUCUCUCACAUUCAAGAUAAGAAUGCGGAUUUAUCAGCGUUGAUUGAACAAGGUUUUGGACCUAACGGACUUGGAAUUAUCUCAAUUUCCAGUGUUCCAGGUUAUUCUUCAUUGCGCCAGGCUCUGCUGCAUCUUUCACCCAAAUUAGCCAAACUUCCGGAGGAAGAGAAAAAAAAUCUUGAAGAUUCUGAUAGCAGGUACAACUUUGGUUGGAGUCAUGGGAAAGAGAAGCUUGAAUCUGGGAAGCCUGAUAUGUUGAAAGGAUCCUUCUACGCAAAUCCUAUAUUAGAUGUACCUACAGUGGACCAAACCCUUAUUCAAAGGUACCCAGCAUAUUGUGGGCGGAAUAUAUGGCCUCAUAGUGCCUUGCCAGAGCUAGAAGUUGCAUUUAAAGCGCUUGGAAGGAUUAUGCUUGAUGUUGGUCUGAUGGUGGCAUAUCACUGUGAUCGAUACGUAUCAGAAGGCAUGAAAGUGAGAUCAGAUGUAGGUCUUGAACACAUAAUUUCGUUCUCGCGCUGUCAUAAAGGUCGACUUCUUUAUUAUUUCCCAACUCAGGAAAGUGAUCAUUUAAAAGACGACGGGAUGUCUUCCUGGUGUGGAUGGCAUACAGAUCAUGGUUCCCUGACAGGUCUUACAUGUGGCAUGUUUUUGAAAGAUGGAAUUCAAGUAGCUUGCCCUGAUAGAGCUGCUGGUCUUUAUGUAAAGACCAGAAAUGAUAAAAUAGUCAAGGUUGUUUUCGGAGAAGCUGAAAUAGCAUAUCAGAUUGGUGAAACUACCGAAAUACUAUCAGGAGGAUACCUUCAUGCCACGCCACAUUGCGUCCGGGCACCGACUGGAAAUGGGGUAUCUGGUCUUGAACGGUCAACAUUUGCAUUAUUCAUGCAACCUGAUUGGAGUGAAAAACUUAAAUUUCCAGAGAAUAUGCAUAUCCACAAAGAGUUGAUUCCUUCAAAUAGUACUCUCACUUUUGGAGAGUUCACGGAGAAGCUUUUGGACAAAUACUACCACCUUAAAAGGUGAAGAGCUGCUUUCUGGGUAUGGUUUCAGGGGUAAAUAUAUUUAAAAUCUAGACUUCAAGAUCUCAAUAGUACAUCCUUCAAGUAUAGACUGAUGACGUAAAUGUCAAACUACUGACUUGAUAACCUUGGUAUUAUAUGAUUAAGAGAGUCUGUCAAGUCUAACUUAACAAGGUCUCCUACAAUGUAAAUACAUACUUCUAUGAUUAUAUGAAGGCCUUUAGUUGUAAA